CCCUCUUUCCCGUGCUCUUCCAAGUUCAGUUCUUCCUCUUUUUAAACCUCCCUCUUCCUCAGCUAUUAUGUCCAUCGACCAACACCAUCAUACUUGCUCUGGAUCUGAAUUCCCAAAAUGUCUAUAAUUCGUCUUCUUACAUUUUUUCUUUUUCUUUCCUUCCACUCAAAUUGCUUCCAAGUCAGUGCAUCUUCUUCCCCAACUUCUCAAACCCUAGACCUUAAUCGGCCGGAGUACAUCAACCCAAAGUUCCCACCUUCAACCCUCUCCACCUCCAAGAAGUUUGAGGGUUCCUCAAACCUCGUCCACCUCCGCUACCACAUGGGUCCAGUCCUCUCCUCCCCAGUAAACAUCUACCUCAUCUGGUACGGACAAUGGAACCCUUCCCAGAAGCUCCUUAUCAAGGACUUCCUCCUCUCCAUCUCAGCCAACCACCGUGUCGCUCCUUCUCCGUCCGUCUCCGAAUGGUGGCACACCGUCUCCCUCUACACCGAUCAGACCGGCGCCAACAUCUCGCGCUCCGUCGUCAUUGCCCGUGAGUACAUCGAUCACCACUACUCCCAUGGGACCCACCUCACUCGUCUCUCCAUCCAGGAAGUCAUCGAUAAUGCUGUUAGGUCCGCACCCUUCCAGGUAGAUCACAAGAACGGCAUCUACUUGGUCUUAACCUCUAACGAUGUCACCGUUCAGGACUUUUGUCGAGCAGUUUGUGGUUUCCAUUACUUCACCUUCCCUUCCAUGGUGGGUCACACGCUGCCAUACGCCUGGGUAGGUAACUCAGGAAAGCAGUGCCCUGAGGUGUGUGCCUACCCGUUUGCGGUGCCUGGGUACAUGGGUGGUAGUGGUCCUGGGGCUUUGUCGCCGCCGAAUGGGGAUGUUGGGGUGGAUGGUAUGAUCAGCGUGAUUGGGCAUGAAUUGGCGGAGUUGGCUUCAAAUCCGCUUGUAAAUGCCUGGUAUGCGGGGGAGGACCCGACUGCGCCGACGGAGAUUGGGGAUUUGUGUGAGGGGUUGUAUGGGACUGGUGGGGGUGGUGGGUAUAUUGGGCAGGUGAUGCGGGACAGAGGUGGGAGGACCUAUAAUCUCAAUGGAAGGAGAGGGAGAAAGUUUUUGGUGCAGUGGGUUUGGAGUCCAGUUAAGCAGGCAUGUGCUGGGCCUAAUGCUUUGGACUGAAGUUGGUACACACGAAGCACACAGACGGACACACUUGCUCUCUAUUUUUGUACUUGUUCAAUCCCAAUUUUAUCUCUUCUGUGAUUUCAGAGUUUCUCUCUGCUCGAGUGAAUUAUUAUUAUUAUUAUUAUUUUCUCUGGCCAUCUUGUUCUCCAUUGAGAUUUGAAAGGGGAGGAUGGUUAUGGUUUGGAGUAAAGAAUUAUUAUUUUUUGUUUAAUUAUUAUUUAGUCAGAUGUAAAUAAAGAGUAAAAUAGAAGAAGAUAACGGUUGGUUGGA